AUGACGACCCUCUCCACCGACCCGGCCCUCUUCCUCGUCACCUCCCUCACCGCCGGCUCCUCGCACAUCGUCACGGCGACCUCGCGGCUCGAGACCAUCCUCCGCGCCAACCGCGUGCCGUUCAAAGCCGUCGACAUCGCCACCGAUGACAAGGCCCGCAUGCUCUGGGGUCGUCGUGCCGGCAAGGACGAGAGUGGACGCCUCCGGAAGCUGCCCGGCCUCAUCCAGGAGGGCUUGGUCGUCGGCGACCUCGUCGAGAUCGAAGACUGGAACGAGUACGGCGAGCUGAAGCUGCACGUCAAGAUCCACUACGAUGAAUUCACCAUCCCCUCCAUCAACGACAAGCCCCCCGAGCCGUCCAAGCUGAAGCAGCAAAUCAAAUCUAACAAGGCCGCCGCCGCCGCCACCGUCGUCGCGGCGUCCAAGACCGGGUCUGCCCCGGCCGCGCCCGCCGCACCGCCGCCGCCGUCCGGCACGACGGCCGUCACCAAGUCUUCCGAACCGGAGAGCAAGGCCAAGGCUCCGCCGAGCCCCGCCACCCUCGCCCCCAACCCGAUGCGGUCCGUCGCCGACGAAGCAGCGCAAAAGGCCAAGGACCUUCGCCUGAAAAGCCUGCGCGAAAAGGUCCACGGCAAGAAGACCGACGCCGCGACCGCGGCCCCCCCGACAUCCCCACCUGCCUCCACCUCUGCCGAUGCCGCGCCUGCAAAGCCUUCCGAGGUGUCGUCGACGGCUACGACCAACCUUGGACUCGGCACCCUGCAGUCCCCGACCAGCGGCACCUGGAAGGACGGUCCAGAGCAGAACCGAGAGCUCGCGGGGGAAAGCGUCCAGAGCCCGAUCAGCGGCCGUUGGCCUGCCUCCGCUGGCUCCGGUGACGUCACGGAGCAAUUGGCGGCCGUCAGCCUCAAAGACGGUGGCGUGGCGUCUGAGACGACGACCGAGAUGAAGCAGCCCCCGGAUGCGAAGCCGGAAGUCACGGUGGUCAAGAAGUCAGAGGCGAUGGCGGAAGUCACGGUGGUCAAGAAGUCAGAGGCGAUGGCGGAAAGUGUGCUGGAGACGAUCGUGGAGAAGAAGGCGGAAGCUACGGCGGAGAAGAAAGCGGAGACUACGGUGGAACGGAGGCCAGAGACGACGGUGGACAAGAACCCGGAGGCUGCGGUGGGAAAAGCACCGAAUCCAACGGCGGAAAAGAAACCAGAGACUAUGGUGGAAACGAAACCGGAGACUACGGCGGAAAAGGAACCGAAGACCAUGGUGGAAAAGCAGCCGGAGACUAUGGCGGAAACGAAACCGGAGAUUGUAGUCGAAAAGAAGGCGGAGGCUACGACGGAGGCUACGGCGGAGACGAAACCAGAGGCUACUGUGGACAAGAAACCGGAAUCCGCAGCGGACAAGAAACCAGAGGUCACAGCGGACAAGAAACCAGAGGCCACAGCGGACAAGAAGCCAGAAUCUACAGCGGACAAGAAGCCAGAGGCCACAGUGGAUAAGAAACCAGAGGCUACAGCGGACAAGAAACCAGAGGCCGCAGCGGACAAGAAGCCAGAGGCCACAGUGGACAAAAACAUAGAAGCCAUGGCGGGAACGACACCAGAGGCCACGGUGGGAAUGAAACCAGAUAUUCCGGCGGACAAGGAGAAGCAAGGGUCGGGCGAUGAGAAGUGA